AUGGAGCCGGCAGACACGGAGAGCAAAGAGGAGCAAGCGCCCCAGAGGCUCACGGAGGACGCGAGGAGCCCUUGCGGCUCCCAGGUUCCCCAGGCCUCGGGCGACUCCUCGCAAGCGGCCACGUGCUCCCGCGAGCCCCCUGGGCAGCCCCUGCAGCUGCGGCCCCUGCGUGGCAGAACCUCAGGCUGUCAGAGCCCCUGCAUCCUGCCAGGAGCCUCUGCAAUCUCUGACAGCCUCCACCCCUCGCAGAGGCUCAGUGAGACCUGUCAGCCUGCAGAAGGUGCAGAGCCCGUGGACAGGUCUCCCAGCUCCCUUGGACUCGCGGACUUCAACAACACGGGCCCAAUCCUGACCAUUGACGUGGCAGGGGAAAGCCCAGAAGUCCAAAUGGGAGCCCAGCCCGAUGCAGGGGAGCCGUCUCAGGAGAAGCUGGCGGAGCAGCAAGCGUCCUGGAGCCGGCAGUGGUCAUCCCACAGCGGCCAGGACGCUGUGCCGGUUGUGCCAGCUGGCGACAGCUCGAGCCUGGUGGUGGAGACCAGCCUCCAGACACCAAGGAGGUUCCUCCAUCUCCAGGAAGCUGCCCCAAGAGAGCCCUCGACUGCCAGGAAGGGCUUUCUAAUAGCAGCUGCUCCUGGGACGCCCCUGUGUGAAGCCUCGGGCUGUAGCCCCGGCCCUCGUCAAGAGGAGAGUCCAGCCCACGACGCCGGGGACGACGACGGUGCCGCCCUGCCCCGCUGCACUGGAGCUCCUGCAGCCGCCUGUGCGCGCGGCCCUGGCCCAGCUCUGCCGCUCGCCGGCCCGUCGGCCGCCGGGCGGCAGCCACUGCCCGGCGCGCAGCAGGAAGCAGGGCAAAAGAAGCAGCUGCAGGAGCUGUACCAGCUGGGCCCGCAGCUGGGCAGCGGUGGCUUCGGCACCGUUUUCUCGGGCAUCCGCCUCUCCGAUGGGAGCCCGGUGGCCAUCAAACGUGUGGCCCGGCAGAGCGUCCUGCAGUGGGUCGAGCUGCCCGACGGCACCCGCGUGCCCAUGGAGAUCGUGCUUAUGGAGAAGGUGGGCUCUGACUGCCACAACAUCAUCCAGCUCCUCGACUGGUUUGAGCUGCCUGACAGCUUUGUGCUGGUGAUGGAGCGUCCGGAGGCAUCGCAGGAUCUCCUGCAGUUCCUGCAGGAGCACGAGUUCCUGUGCGAGGAGAUGGCGCGCUGGCUUUUCUACCAGGUGCUGGAGGCCGUGCGGCACUGCACCGCCUGCGGCGUCCUGCACCGGGACAUCAAGCCAGAGAACCUCCUCGUGGUCCCGGAGAGUGGCGACCUGAAGCUCAUCGACUUCGGUUGCGGCACCUUCCUCCAGGAGCAGGUCUUCACGCGGUUUGCCGGAACGCACGCGUACAGCCCGCCCGAGUGGAUCUGCCUUGGCUGCUACCACGGCCAUGGGGCGACCGUCUGGUCCCUGGGCGUACUGCUGUACGUCAUGGUCUGCGGGAGCCUCCCCUUCAGGGACGACCAUGACAUCGUGCUGGGGCAGCUCUUCUUCUGGCAGCAGGUCUCUCCAGAGUGCCAACAUCUGAUCCAGUGGUGUUUGGCCAAGCACCCUGAGGACAGGCCAGAGCUGGAGGAGAUCUUGCGCCACCCUUGGGUGCAGGGCAGGCGUUUUUGAUGCCUUGCCGGAGCCUCUGCAGCACCCGCUUUCCGAGUCCCACGCAGGACUGAGGACCCCACAAAUAAAACAACAAAUCCAA